AAGUGUUGCACAAAUCAGAGGAAAUGACGUACAUGAAGCUAACAACACAGACAUCGGAGGUGGCGAAUAACACAAUUCUUCCGCAGCCAACCACAAGACCAGCUUAUUACAGAAUGUCAGGUAUUGAAGAAACUUCAAACGUGUCCUCAGAAUUUCAGGAUGAGAACCGGACUGCGGAAGAUGUCGAAGAGGAACCCCCGACUGACUACGAAGACCCGUACCAUUAUGUGUUUUACAGAGACAGGAAAGAAUGGGCUGAUUUAGAGCCUGUCCCGCAAGACGAUGGUCCCAAUCCUGUUGUGAAGAUUGCCUACUCUGACAAGUUCACGGAUGUCUACGACUAUUUCCGUGCGUUACUAAAAAAUGAUGAAAAGAGUGAGCGGGCAUUCGCAUUGACAGCUGAAGCCAUCGAGCUGAAUGCCGCAAAUUACACUGUAUGGCACUACCGACGAGUGUUACUGCAGGCCCUAGGAAAAGACUUGAGGGAGGAAAUGAGGUACAUCACAGCCAUUAUCGAAGACCAACCCAAAAACUACCAAGUCUGGCACCAUAGACGUAUGGUGGUGGAAUGGCUGAAUGACCCAUCAGAAGAGCUGGAGUUCAUUGCCGAGAUCUUGAGUCAAGACGCUAAGAACUACCAUGCCUGGCAGCACAGACAGUGGGUGAUCCAGGAAUACAAGCUGUGGGACCAUGAGUUGGAGUAUGUGGAGCAGUUGUUGGAGGACGAUGUAAGGAACAACUCCGCCUGGAACCAGAGGCACUAUGUCAUCUCCCACACGACAGGCUACUCGGACCCGGAAAUACUCGCUAGAGAAGUGCAGUACAGUCUGAAACAGAUCAGGAAGGCUCCCCACAAUGAAAGUGUGUGGAACUAUUUGAAAGGGAUUCUGCAGGACCGGGGCCUCUCAUCCCACCCAGGUCUCCUGGAGCAGAUCCUGGAGCUCAAGGAGACCCACUGCUCACCCUAUCUGCUGGGUUUCCUGGUAGACAGCUACGAGGACUCCCUGGAGAACUCCUCGGUAGACCAGGAGGAGGUCCUCAGCAAGGCCCUGGAGCUCUGUGAGCUCCUGGCCCUGGAGAAGGACACCAUCCGGAGGGAGUACUGGAGCUACGUGGGCCGGUCCCUGCAGGCCAAAUACAGCCCCAGCUCCACCAGUAGUGCCCCGGGAACCGACCGGGCGUCUGCCCCUGGCUCCGUUUACCAGGACACCACCUGCAGCAGCUGAGAAGGAAAAAUGUCUGCAAAAACAGCCUUAUGGGAGUUGAGUGAGCAAUCGCUUUCAUCCAGCCUGAGUUAGUUUGGUAAUAGCACAGCAUUACCACAUUGGUAAAGUAUGAAAAAAAGAAUUAAAAAAGCAACAAAAGAAACGAUCUUAGCUUACUGUAACGAUGGGAAUCUUGCUCUAGAUAAGUGUCGCGACUCAGGGUCAGACCUUCACCUGGAUUUCAAGAUAUGGAUGCCUGUUUAUGUUGUGUUGUAUUAUCGUUGGUAGCCAUCGGUGAGCUAGGUUGGGUGUUAAUGGGGUGAGAGUGGUAGCACGAGUGUUAUUACCUUCAGUGUUGGCUAUCUGAUCAUACUGUAUCUAAAGGAACGAUGUUUGCUUUGGAUAUCUUCUGCCGCACAGUACACAGGGACAUUUGUAUGGAGCACUGUAGCUAAGAAGACUUGUUGCUUCUUCUUGCCUAUAAGCCGUUAACAAAUCUCUGUGUAGAUUUACAUUGCUGUCAUUGCCAAAACACUGUAUAACCGAACUCAGCACUGCUGUAGGCUACAGAGUCUUUUGUAUGCUAGGACUAAUUAUAUAAUGAUAGUAAACAAGGAAGUGUUGCUUGUGUCUAUUUUCUCUCAGUCCUAACACACAUACUUAAACACUUUUUUUCCUCAUCUCUCCCAGUUUUAUUUAUUGUUCACUGUAUUUUAUCGUAAUGGCCUGUGUUUGGAGUUCAGGCAGUAUGUCUCAUUUGGAUUCGCUCCUCCUAACGAGCGAGCGAAUGACUAAAAUGUCCCCACUGAUCUACUAUUUCACCGUAUGCACCGUAUGCAUGAUCCAUUCACAAUGGCUUCCACAAAUGUAUUCAGGCCCCAUACUGGUAAACUGUUAUUUAUUUAACUUUGUCUAAGCUGUCAUAUCUAAGAGGUUAGGAUGGUAAAAGGCAUAUCAUAAAUCACAGGCUUAAAGAGUCUAAUUACAUGGAGAGGCUGGUGGGGGUGUAUAGCUUCCGGGGCUUUCUAGUUGAUUGAUUCCCAAGCCAUUGCAUCAAAAGCUCUAAAAUACUGUUGCAUCAGGAUAUUAACUCACACUUGGCCAACAGUGAUUUUGUUGUUAGAUUAUCUCUGUUUCAUACUUCGACCUAGGAGCUCCAAACAUUGGUGUUUAGCUGUAUUUUCUAGUCAAACGUGAAACAAUAAAGAAGUCUAGAUUUGAAAAUGGACUGUUUCACCAGGCUAUCUCAGGAAGAUCAAGUCAUGACAAGAAAUAAAGGAUUUGCCUCUGAAAUGGUUAACUGCA